UCUUCUUGUUACGUUGAUUACGCGACGUGGACUUUGGAGAGAAGACCCAAGAUAUGCCGCCCUUUCUAUAUUUUCUAGCGCAGCCGCGGGCCUGUUGGACUUGCAGAGCAUAUCGAGAGUUUAGGAACUAGAAGUAGGGAACUCGCGCUCCAGAAAAUGGUGUUGGGGAGGAGAAUUCCAUGUCUUUCACUUUCUUAUUUGGUUGCAGUGUUAGCAUUUUCUCACUUGGUAGCUGUAUUGGGUGCCCAAAAGCAGCUGCGUUUUGGGCAAAAUGGCAACUUCAAGAUACUGCAAGUGGCGGAUAUGCAUUUCGCCGAUGGCAAGAUCACUCCUUGUUUGGAUGUGUUCCCCGGUCAGAUGCGUACUUGCUCUGACCUCAACACCACUGCCUUUAUCGAGCGCAUGAUUCGAGCUGAGAAUCCCGAUUUAAUAGUUUUCACUGGAGAUAACAUCUUUGGAUUUGAUGCUACUGACGCGGCAAAAUCACUUACUGCUGCGUUUGCCCCAGCAAUUUCUUCGAACAUCCCAUGGGUGGCUGUUUUGGGGAACCAUGAUCAAGAAUCGACCUUGUCAAGAGACGGAGUCAUGAAGCAUAUUGUUGGCCUUAAGAACACUCUUUCUCAAGUCAAUCCUGCAGAGGCACACGUUAUUGAUGGUUUCGGAAACUAUAACCUCGAGAUUGGUGGUGUUAGGGGUUCAGAAUUUGAAAACAAAUCAGUUCUCAAUCUUUACUUUCUUGAUAGUGGAGACUACUCCACCGUUUCAUCAAUUCCUGGCUAUGGUUGGAUCAAACCAUCUCAGCAGUUUUGGUUCCAACGCACUUCUGCAAAACUCCGGAGAGCAUAUGAGAACAAGCCACAGCCUCAGAAAGGACCUGCACCUGGGCUUGUAUACUUUCACAUCCCAUUGCCUGAGUUUGCAAGAUUUGAUUCGUCCAACUUUACAGGAGUGAGACAGGAAGGCAUUAGCUCUGCUUCUGUGAAUUCCGGUUUCUUCACGACCAUGGUGGAGGCAGGAGAUGUGAAGGCUGUUUUCACCGGACAUGAUCAUCUGAAUGACUUUUGUGGUGAGCUAACUGGUAUCCAACUUUGUUAUGCUGGAGGCUUUGGGUACCAUGCCUAUGGGAAAGCUGGUUGGUCAAGGAGGGCCAGGGUGGUGGUAGCAUCUUUGGAGAAGUCAGAGAAGGGAGAUUGGGGAGCUGUUAAGUCGAUCAAAACAUGGAAACGCCUUGAUGAUCAACACUUCACUGCUAUAGAUGGUCAAGCCCUCUGGAGCAAGAGCCCUGCAGGAGGUCGUAGAAAGAAAGAAGUUGGCCGUGCUUGAGUAAUAGAGCAUGAUAAACCAACAACUCAACUGUAGGGAGUAUGUUUUGAAUCUGGCUAGCCAGGAACGUUUUGCAUGUUAUAACACCAUUUGCAGAUUGAGAUAUAUGUGGAAAUAAGUGACAAUAUAAUGGACAUAAUUAUGUCUGCAGAAAUAUCAAAGUUUGAUGAAUAAAAUGUUAUGCAAUUACUUGUGGGACU